UCACAUAUAGGUGAAUUGUGUCUGUUGACGCAUAAAGUUAUAAAUCUACAGGUCAGAUCAGCACCAGUAGCUGGGCUGUUUGAGAGGUGCAGCUGCAGCAGCCAUGCCUGCUGGGUUCCUCGUUACAAGACUACUGCUGGUUUGCUUGUUGAGUGAAGUUGAAAAUGGCUUUUUUGCCACAGCACAACAUGUGGCACAACCUCAAGAAUGGCAAAUUGUCGGAAACCCUUAUGACUAUUUUCUCAGUGUGCAUCAACAGCCCAUUCAGCAUAUGAGGCAACCUUAUGAACAGAACAAUCCCUGGAUGAAGCUGCUUGAGGAUUUAACAAAGAACCGUGAUCACCCAGAAGUCGUCCACCAACCAAGUUUGCACCAACAAAUCCAGAGCCCCUACAAAAGGACACCUCAAGUUCUUGUGAAAUAUCCAGAUGGGGUAUCUUCACAAAACCCUGCUGUGGAGGCUAAAAAAGUAGAAUUUAAUGUGAACAUACCUCUUCAACAAUUUAUCAAAGGGCUCGUUUUGACAAAGAGAGGAUCAGACAUGCUCCGGGAUGUCAAAGAGGGUGACUGGGGGAGCCCAGUUUUAUACCAAGAAGGGGCUGGUGGUCCUUUCUGGUCUGAGCAUAAAGGUUUGCCCAGGGACAUUCUUAAAAGAAAACGCACCCCAGGUAUCAACUUAAGAUUUUCUGCUCCAGUACCAGUCCAUCGAGACCGGAAGCCCAGUUUACAUAGACCAGAAAAUUUGGUCCACCCUUUCAGUCAGUCAGAGCUGGCCCAGAAGAGUUCACCUGAGUUUGGACAAGAGAGGCCCAACAUGCAUUAUAGUCAAGGACCCCAUCCCUCCUAUGAUCCAGCACACAAUCUACAAAUGGCUAAGUCAGACUACCCCUUGGCCUCGGCUAAUUGGGGUCCAGUAAAUUCUGGCUUUCAGCAACCAGCUCAGCAACCUGAGAGACAAACUCUGCAACAAGCACCACAGCAACUUCAGCCACAGCUGCCCAGCUUUCGUCAGAUUUUCUCCACAGGGACCAAAGAGCCUUCAGUGUUGACCCGCUGGGCAGAAGAGAUUGCCAAACAGCUCCCACAUAUUAAAGUGUCUAUUGUAAAUCCUGAUUCUGGUCAUGGAGAUCCCUCAAAACAGGCCAAAGCUCCACAGCAAAGACCCCAUGAAGGCAGCGGUGUCUUUCCACAAGUGAGGUGUUCACCUCCUAUUCAGAACAAUCGACCCAGACUGAGGGCGUUGUGCCCAUGGCUCUUCAGGCCCUGCUUAACUUCAUCUAGGCUUUCAGCUUAAAACUUUUGCUUUAAUGUUUUUUUUUGUUUGUUUGUUUGUUUGUUUUUUACUUUAGUAAACAGUCUAAAUUAUUGGCACCUGGCUUUGUUAGUUGAGAUUGGACCAUUUUUGGUUUGUUAAAAUUGUACAAGUGGAUUUAAAUAAAAAAAAAUUAACUUUAA